GUUGGCCAUGGGACACGCACAUGUCCUGCAUUCAACCCUGCCAACAACAAGAUCGUCAUGUUCAAGGACUCUUGGCAGGUAUUGUUACCCGAUAUUUUACCAGAGGGUGAAAUCUACAAACACUUGAAGGACACUGACAUUCACAAUAUUGCAACAUGCAUUGCCUGUCAUGAUGUGCCAUCUCUCCCUCAGCAACGCACACAGACUGCCAAGUUUGCAAAUGCUCCAUGGGUGCAACCCUAUGAUGUUCUCACUCCACAUAUUCAUUAUUGUAUGGUUCUCAAUCAUGUGGGCCAGCCAUUGAUACGCUUUACAAGUUCUUGUCAAGUUGUCAAAGCUGUUCGUGAUGCACUGAUUGCUCAUGAGGAUGCAUGUGCAAAAGCGGGUGUGUUACAUCGAGACCUCAGUCUGGGAAAUAUUGUUAUAUAUGUCACACACAUGGUGGGUUUAUUCCAUACUCAAAAUUCAUAUUUUGUGCUAAAUUUUUCCGUUGCCAAGGGGACCUGGCAAUUCAUGUCUGCCAACCUAGUCAAAAAAAAACAUGCUGCACAUACCAUCGAGGAUGACCUUGAGUCCAGUUUUUACAUC